AUGGCGUCGUCUCUCUUCUUCUCCUCCUCCUCCUCCUCGUCUCUCCCUUCCGCCCGAUCCGACCUCCGCGAUCCCUCAGGCGGGGAUCGCCGGGCGCGGGUGUCGCUCCCUCUCCCUCUCCCGCGGCGGGGGCGGGGGCGGGGGCGGGGAUGGAGGUCGGCUGCGGCGGGCGGGGGGGCUGGGAGGAGGUACAAGGGGACGGCGAUGAGGGAGGAGGCGCUGACGGAGAUGAUCGAGCGGAAGGUGGCGGAGGCGAUGGAGGCGUGCGCCGGGGAGGAGGGCCAGGCCUCCGACGGCUGCCGGGUCGCCUGGGACGAGGUCGAGGAGGUCAGCCAGGCCAAGGCCGACCUCCGCCGCCGCCGCGCCGAGACCCAUGCCGACCCCCUCGAGCCCUUCUGCCGCCACAACCCCGACUCCGACGAGUGCCGCGUCUACGACGACUGAGAACAAACGGAGCGGAUCAUCAUCCCAUCGCAAAUCUUCUUCUUCUUCUUCUUCUUCUUCUUCUUCUUUAAAAAAUAAAAAAUAAAAAACACAGAGUGAAGUGUAGUUUCCUCUGGUGUUCUGCUGUACUUUGUGCGUGUUUCUGUAACGUCGUAAUAAGAUAGAUGCUAGUGAAUAUGAAGAAUAUAUAGAUACAGACGGGGUGUUUCGAUUGCGAUCAGCAGCGUACGCGUCUGUGCUUGGCUUCGCAGCUAAAGCAUAUUAAUGGGUUGUUUGGUAUUUUCAAGCAAGCAAGCAAGCUGUGGCACGCCCAGCUAUCUGUUAAUGUAUGUA